CCACACACACACAAUACACGGUUCCACGAACAUGAGCGAGCCCAAGAUAGAAGAGAUCACCGACGCAGCCCCACUGCCAGCGGUUGCCGGAGCUAUGGAGAAGGCUGAAGAAGAAAUCAUCCAACAUUUUUCCGAAUGGGACAAGAGAAGAUAUGUGCCAAAACCUGGUGAACCAGAUCUCCCACCACAGAUUUCACAGUUUGCUAACAAGUCUGCCGACGAGGUGAUGAAGGAGCUUAACCGUCUUCCGUUCUUUAUGACGGAGUUGGACGAGACAGACGGUGAAGGUGGAGAGAACUUGGGAGUUGAAGCCUUGAAGAGUUUGGCUUACGAUGGUGAACCGGACGAGAUUGCCACCAACUUCAAGAACCAGGGGAAUGAAGCGUUCAAGCAGAAGCAAUACAAGACAGCCAUUACCUUCUAUACCAAGGGUAUCGAGGUUGAUUGCGGGGUAGACGCCAUUUCCGCUGCCUUGCACCUCAACCGUGCCGCAUGUCACUUGGAAGUGAAAAACUAUAGAAGUUGUAUUGAAGAUUGUAAGAAGGUCUUACUUUUGGAUGAGAAGAGUGUAAAGGCAUGUUAUCGUUCCGGGCGUGCCUUCUUUGCCAUUGCCAAGUACGAGGAAGCCAGAGGAAUCCUCCAAUACGGGUUGACCUUGGACCCUGAAAACAAACCAAUUCAAGAAACUUUGGUCAAGGUCGAAGCCAAGGAGAAGGCCCUUGCUGAAGCUGCCGCCAAGCGCGAACGUGAAGAAAAGGAAAAGGAAAUGAAACAAACAAUCUUGGUCAACGCCAUCAAGUUGAGACAUUUCACCCUUGUGAAGACUGCCCGUCCAGCGGAACUCUUGGAAGAUGCAAAGAUCCAUUUGGAAGACCCAUUAGACCAUGAAUCACAGUUGAUUUUCCCAGCAAUGGUGGUAUACCCUACUCUUGAUGAGUUUGACUACGUUGCCGAGAUCAGUGAACUUACCACACCAAUCGAACUUCUCGAAAUCGUAUUGAACCGUCCACGUGAUUGGUUUGAACAAAAGGAAGAACGCCGUGACUUUGCCACCAUCAAGAAGUUGGAGUGUUACAUGGAAACAGAACAAGGUGGGUUGGUCAAGUUGGGGAAGAAGGUUGCUGUUAAUCAAGUGUUGAUGGCAGACAAGCCUGACGUCCCAUUGUUUGAUAACAGUUUGAGAAUCUAUGUGGUGCCAAAGGAACAAUCUGCCACUUGGUUGGGUACUUGGAACAAGAAGGCUGCCUUGGAAAAGAGAAAGUAGAGUAGUAGAAUAUUGUAAUAUAUAGGAUGGACUAAAGAUAUAGAUAGAAGAAAUUUUCUACAGAUGAUGUAUUUAAAAUUAAUGAAAUGCAUUGGGGUUAUGUACUCUCGCG